AUGCGCAAACAAUACAUUUUCUUUGAUUUCUGUCUCAUUGCCGCUUCAGUGGUUCUCUCACAGUCACCAUCACAAUCGCUCUUGUCAGUCCUCCAGGCAAACGGCUUCACAGAGUUUGCCCAGCGGCUUCAAGCCAGCGAGCCAGUCAACCUUCGGCCGGGCAUUGUUGUGUAUGCCCCAAGCAACAAUGCUUUUGAUACAGUCUCUUCCUCUGGAAACUUUACGGUCGCUCGUCGUGCGGACGAUGAUGCCAUCCAGAGCAGAAUUCAUGCCAAUUACAACUUCGGAGAGGUGACUUACCCGACACACGUUUCCUCGGGAAACAACUCGUUGUUCAGCGUGGUUGGGAAGCGAGAGACGGAUCUGGGCGCUGUCUACGAGACGCUGUAUCACGACUCAUCGGUGCGUCUUGGCUCUGGCCAUAAUCAGACACUAGUGCAAAGGAAUGUCCCCUCUGCCUCGCUGCCGUUUGUCUUCACGGGACUGGGCAAGUAUGUAAGGGUCACGGGAGAUGAUAUUACCUUUGACCAUGGCGUUGUCCGGCCAAUUGAUGGUCUCCUCACCCUACCAAGGAAUCUAUCAGCUACUCUUCAGUCCUUGGGCGAGUCCAAAUUCGGAGCGGCACUGCAAAAGGCAGACUUAGUCUCGGCUCUUCAGAACACGGCGUCUAUCACCGUCCUGGCGCCAAGCGACUCAGUGUUCAAUCUCGCCAGCACACUUACCCAGGCGCAGCUUGCUCAGGUGAUUAAGGAGCAUGUUAUCGUGAGCUCGGGCUUGCCGGUCUACUCGCCUUGGCUGGAAAACGGCCAGGUUUUCCGUACUCUCGGCGGAACCAACAUCACCGUGGUGGUAAAAGACAAUGUUGCCUACCUGAACGGCGCGCGGAUCCUGGGAGGCGACUCGGUCAUUGAGAAUGGAGUGGUGCAUACUAUUGACAAGUUGUUGAGCCGAACGAUCCCAACCAUCCCGACAGGUUCUGCGAUGACGACGAAAUUGCUGCCUUGGGAAAUUCUGAUCAGCAGCGUAAUGGGGACAUUUGUUGCAGUAGGGAGCUUUCUCAUUUGA